AUGUUGGCUUUCCUGGGCGGUGAACUGUCGAAUGCUGCUACUUACUUUUCUACAUUUGCAAAUGUUAGUACACACAGUAUCAGUGGUCUAGAUGGCUCUUGUGGUUCAUCUGGAAAAGAAAAGUGGGAACCCUGGACGUAUGAGGAUAGGGUGUCAGUUGCUAAGAAGGUUGAGCAGUUUAAAACUUCCCUGACUAAAAAACAAUUGUCUGCUUCCACUUUAAGGUCUAAGGUGACUUCUUUUAUAGCCAAAAAUAACAGUCGUCAAGAGUUUAAGCCAGUCAUUGGCAGGCUUAUUGAUCAGGCAAAUGUUGGCCCACUCCAUGUCAAAAACAAUGCCUGUGCCCACACUCACCGACUGUUGUUGCAUAAAGUCAUUGCUAUGUCAAGACUUGGAGAUGCAACCAAAACCUUUUGCUUGUUCCAACAAACUCGCCAUUCAAGAGGUAUAUCCUCACUCUGUACAACUGUCAUUUGA